GAAGGAAGAACGCGCCUGGCAAUUUCCGUUCUUCCUACUCAAGUCGACCAAGAACAAGAAAGAAGAUGACUCACUCGAUCCAGCUCUACCCCAGUCCGAUCAGCGUGUUCACCUCGACCAACCCGGAAUCUUCCUCGGAACCGGUGCCCAGGACGUGUCAAACCACGUGGGACCCCAAACGGAACGGUCUCGCUCUGGCUGUUGUCCCUUCAAAUCCCACUUCAAAAAAGGCAGACAAACAACGCCAAACCAUCACUUCAGUUCCAGAUCAAUCUUUAUACCUAAUCAAUGCUUCCGAUUUCAAACCAUCUCGAAGAUCCUUUAUUACUCGUUCAUAUGAAGUCUUUAGUGGACUCCAAAAAGUCGUACAAUUGUGUGAGGAAGAGGAAGGCAUGGCUCAGGACCAAAUCUAUCUACCCGGUGGCGCAUCUCUCCCUUCGACUUCCCAGCUCAAGUAUUAUUACAGGAUCGGGAAUCAGUAUGUGGUUGCAUUAAAGGAUUAUUUAGCCGAACUUGAAAAAGAUGAAGCCAACAAUUCAGACGAGAUCGAUCUCGUGCUUCAAAUGACAGAGGUCUUUAGUCUGUUUGUUUUAGUUCAUGUGCCUGCUGAUGGGAGGGGCGACGCUAUUGUUGCAGAAGAGAUUUUGGAUUGGGUCAAUCGGACCAACCCACAGCCUCCCAAAGAGGAGGGUGAGGAAUUGAGUGCGAUGGCUAUUCCUUACGAACAUGUCAACUUUUGGCCAUACAUUCAGGCAUGUGUGAUUCGAGGGCAUCUAACACAAGCCAGUGCACUGUUGAAGCCAUACACCAAGACCCACAAUCCGACGUUAAACCAGUUGAUGACCGUGAUGAUUUCGUUGAUCAAGUCUGCCCCGCGCUCGACUUUGUACGAUCAGGAACUCGACUUCAAUAGCGCAAUCGAAAAAUUUCGAGAGGUCGUCGAAAGAUCUUUGAUCACCUUAGAAUCUGAGAUGAAUGUUAUCUUUGAGAAUGAGAAAAAUCGUCCAGACUCAGAAAAUGCGUUCGAUGAAGACGAUUUGAUUCAUUUUCAGGCCAGCUAUAAAAUCCUUCUCGAGAUCCUGUCCGGUGAUGAAAGUAGAAUUUCCGAGGCUUGUUAUGAUUGGCAAGAAGCCUUGGGCGCUCAUCUCUUAUGGGUCAAUCCAUUUUGUAAGAGAGAUGAUCUGCCGGUCGUGAUGAAGAAGAUUACCGCAGAAUGGCCAAUCGAUCAAACUUCCAAUCUCGAUUUGGCCACGUCCUCAAUCAUGAACGGCGACAUUGGCUCACUGCUUCAAGCGGCGUCGAAGAUGGACCAAUGGUUAAUCUGUCACCUCGCCGAUCUGGUUGACAAGCUUGGGAUCGCAUUAGCCGACCAUUCACGCGGCUUUUACAUCAGCGAUUUUGUGGAUUAUCUGAGUGUUGAUCAGGGUUUGUGGAGAUUGAUGAUCGCCUAUCUGGUGACUGUAGAUGGGACCGAAGCGUGGAUUAAAGAGAUCCUUCGCAGGUUGGUCGUCGAAGAUCUGGCCGAACAACAGCCUAACGAUUCCAUGGAACUCGACCCUCAGCCCUCAAAAACAACGGCUAAGGUCAGCAUCCUCGAGAUGAAACUCAUUUAUGCCGAAUAUGGCAUGGAGGACGAGCUCAAUCGGACUGCACGAAUCUUGUCCCGCAGGUUAACAAAACAAAGGAAAUAUGGAGCUGCUAUUGCUUACGCUGUGACCGCUGGCGACCUUAAGAUGGUCUCGAGGAUAUCAGAUCUUCUUCUGGAUGAAUACUUGUCAAAUGGACCAGAAGAGUUUGCAAGAUUUGUAGAUGAAAUACCCAGUUCAUUACUUCAUCCCACAGCGCCCGCCCUCAGGCCGGGUUUAUUCUUCGACCCUCCUACUCAACAGCAGGGCGGACGAACGCCCCAAGAGAAGCCGCAGCCGAAUCUCAACUCGAGUAAAUUGCUCUUCUUGUCGAGGUAUCGAGAUAUGCAUUCGUACUAUUCAAAGGGCGAGCGCAAGUUGGCCGCUGAAACUUUGGUCGGCUUGAUGACCACGGAAAUCGCUCCCAAACCUUGGUGGGCUGUCUGUCUGAUCGACGUGAUCCCGUUGCUCGAAGAUGACGAGAUUUUGAUUUCACUAGCGGACACUUAUGAGUUACUAAGAUGUCUAGAAGAGAUCACCGCGCCGAUCCUAACGAGUUCGCGAGACAGUUAUGACAACCUGGGAUAUCUGAAGAGGAUCGUCCUGAAUGGACGGAAGUCCGGCCCGUCCAACCAUCUCCCUACUUCCUCUUCUCAAAAUGAUACUCGUCUAAAUCAAAGGGAUCCCAAGAUAGUCAAUAAUAAGAAGAGGAACGGAAUCGAUCCAGCGGAUGAGGUUGAUGUUGAUCAUCAUUCGAAUGAAGGAACUAGAGCCGCGUUGGAUCAGUUGAAUGUCGUCAGAUACGCGUUGGCUAGACAUUUGGCUCGCUGUUUGACUUGUAAACAUUGAUCUUCUAUACUUUGAUUACUCUGUACAUUCUUUGUUAUUUAAUCAAGCUCUAUCUAUCCAAGAUACUGUUAUCCUCCCCUCUGUUCACUUCCUUUUCUUUUAUUCUGUUUGGGUCUUCUUUUCUUUGUCUUUUUUUGGCUUUCUCCCCGUUUACGCAAGAAAAUAAACCUUUCAAGAACUGGGUUGCUUGAUGCACAGAUGCUUGUCUUCACCAUGACCAUCUUUUAGACAUUUGUAGCACUUACAGAUGCAGUGGAAUAUGUAGUCAGACGAUA